UCUAAUUGAGAUUGAGAUGUGAUGGGGAAAUGGGGUUAGAUGGGAAACGCUCUCUUCUAUAAUUAUCAGGGUAAAAAAGUGAGCUGGCUCUUCUGGCUGCACGUCACUGAGCGAGAAGAGGAGGGCGUGUCCCUCCUCUUUUCUCCCUCCUCCCUCCUCCCUCUCUCCGCUGUAGCUCGAUGUGACUGUUCGUACCUGAGGACUGAACCCUUCACCUGUGGAUCCUCUCCCGGCAGCAGCACCAUGGGGAACUCCGCGUCCAGUCUGCUGGAUGAAACCAAAUCCAACUCCAUCAAAGGCCAGGCCGAGGCCGUGCUGACGGAGUUCAGUCCCUACUACAGGAAGCAGUUCUCGUUGGCUCGGUUCUCUCAGGUGGAAGAUGAUCUGGAGCAGCGCAAAGAGAAGAUCACGCAGCUGCUCAAACAGAGGGAGGCUGCCGAGGAGGGCGAGGUGCUGUAUGAGGACCGCGUCCUUUACUUUGACGACAGCAGGAAGUGGAAGGAGAGGUACGUGGUGGUGAGAGCCAAUCACUGCCUGGAGUUACACGACAGCCUGGAGGCGUUCGUUAGAGGGAGUCCUCCCCGCCUGAAGCUGCUUCCUACGGGGGGCACCGUUCUGACCACAGAGGAGGCGUACAUGGCCAUGGUGGACCAGUGCUUCCCUGACGACACCAAAGUGAAGGAGGACUUCGGUCCUCCUCUGGCGGGGAUGCCGGGACAGUUCCCCGUCUACCUGCGUCUGCCCUACAGGACGGACUCCUACUUCUGCUUCAGACAGCAGGACAAACAAGCCGUCUUCCUCUCCAUCCUGUCGGACUGCAUCCGACACCAGAACCAAGACUUCCUGAAUAAGAAGACGAGUGAAGUGCAGGCCUUCCUCAAAGCCAUCCAGCUCUACCGACAGGACAAAGACAAAUACGAGGCCUGGGGCAUGCUGAUAGGAAGUGAUGUCAGGGUGAUGGCCAACGAGGUGAUGGAGCAUCUGCUGCCGUCUCUUGAGGUCGACCUGCUGCCUCGCCUCAAAGCCAAGAAGACGGAGAAGAGGAGAGUCUGGUUCGCUACGGUGGAGGCGGCGUACGUCCUGGUCCAGGAGCAUCUGCUGGAGGGACUCUCGGCGCUGAAGGAGGAAUGUCGAACGUCUGUCCGGCAGCAGGAGGUGCUCAUCCACUCCGACAUGGACCAGAUCCUCAGCUCCAGACGGCAACUGGAGGAAAAAGUCCGAGCCAAAGUGUGGGCGCCAGCGGAGCGGCUGUGCUCCGAGUGCGUGCAGCCCUACCUGGGCUCGGUGCUGGAGGAGCUGAUGGAGCCGGUCAGCUCGGGCUUCCAGGAGGGACGGCAGCUCAGUGAACGCAUGAUGGACCGGCUGUGUCAGGACGUCCCGCUGCUGGCAGACAGCGAGGGACUGAGGCAGGCUCUCGCUGACAUGGCGAGACCGAACCUGCUGAGCUGCUACCAGAAGAUCGGCUCGCUGCAGGAGAAACUGCAGCAGCUGCAGCAGAGGUUCGGUGUCUCCAACAUCACGGGAGUGAUCCACAGCGCUCAGAUCGACCUGCAGCAGCUGGCUGAGAACGCAGCGUACACGUUUGAGCAGCUGCUCCACAAAGCCGUCCAGGACAACCCAGACAACCCCGGCUCUGCCAUCGAGAAGGCCAAACACAGAGUGCUGAAGCAAUAUGAUUAUGACAGCAGCACGGUGAGGAAGAGGAUCUCCAGGGAGGCUCUCGUACUCAUCACUCUGCCCUUCAUCAAGAAGAACCUGGCCCCCACCUGCAAAACUGAGCUUCAGGGUCUUGAACAGUUCAUCGACGCCGACCACUCCAACUUCAUCCACGUCGAGAAUGUUUAUGAGAGCGUCCUCCUGCAAUCCCUGGACAAAGAGGUCACCAAAGUGGUGAAGGAGGCGGCGAGCCUGAAGAAGUACAACCUGUUCACAGACAGCAGAGACCUGCUCAGUCAGUCCAGCCGCUCCAGCUUCUCGUCCCCGUCUGUCUCCACGCCGGGCAGCCCCGCCAUGGUGCUCGCCUCCCCCUCUAAAACCUCCUCUGAGCCCCAGUCCAGGUCUCCUCAUCCGUCCAGUCCCCCGAAGGACGAGCAGACGGGGGCGGAGAACGGCGAGCUGAAGAGCGACGAGAGCGACGAGACCGAUGAGACCGUCUUUGAGACACCUCUGCAGAAGGUUGAACAAAUAUUGGUAGCUCAGAGCAUCGCUGUCAGCGAGGAGGCAGAGGCAACGCUACCCAGAGUGGAAGACAUCGACCAAACUGUGAAGGCAGAAGCAGCCGCCCCUGUUGCACUUGCGACUCUGGCGUUUGCAGAUUCAACCAACCAGAGUGAGACGCAGGAAGUGACCGUAGAAACCGCUCCAGAGACUGUGAUCCAAGAGGAAGAUGUCAAGACGGCAGCUGAGCCUCAGAUACAGAGCACACACCCUCCAAAAGAGGGAAAAAUCACUUUGUCAGAAACGCCCACCGUUGUAGAAAGCACAAAGACAGACGUAGAAGCAGCAGCGGCACAGACAGAAGCGCCUGUACCAAGUCCUGACACCGCUAAUGAACCGGUAAGCUCUUCAGCAGGAGGCACUGGUGCCCAAACUGCAUCCAGCAGUGAAGAGGAGACUCACUGUGAACGCUCAGAAAUCAAGCCAGAGGCUCCCUCUGGUGGUCAAACGCCCGCACUCCCACCUGCAGACAUCAUCGUAGACCUGAGUCUUCAGGAGGCAGAACCAGUGAACAUCUCGGGCCCAAACUCUCUGGACGUGUCAGUAGGAAGCGAGUCAGCCCCAUCGGAUGUGGAGUCCCUGGAGGGAGCGAAAACAACGCAGAGCAGCGGGGAGGACAAAGUCUCAACGACUUCUGACGUCUUGGAAGACGACGCCAACAUCAGUAAAUCACCUGAGAGCUCAGACGAUGCAGCUGGGGAUGAAACCGCGAGCGCCGAGCCGUCUCCUCGGGUCCAGACAGAAGCUACGAGCGGCGAGCUGUCUCCUCCGGUCCAGACAGAAGCUGCGAGCGGCGAGCUGUCUCCUCCGGUCCAGGCGGAAGCUGCGAGCGGCGGGGACACGGAGGCGAGCGGCGAGCUGUCUCCUCCGGUCCAGGCGGAAGCUGCGAGCGGCGGGGACACGGAGGCGAGCGGCGAGCUGUCUCCUCCGGUCCAGACGGAAGCUGCGAGCGACGGGGACAAGGAGGCGAGCGUGGAGCUGUCAGCGGAGGCAGCAGACGCUACAACCUCUCCGCCCGCUGAGGACGUAAACCCCUCCAGCCCUGAAGCGCCGCCAGACUGCAUCAAGCAGAUCCGUGACCUGGUGACGGAGGUGAUCGAGGUGGAGGAGCUGGUGCAGCGCUACCCCGACGGAGUUCCAAACGUGGAGGAAUGAAGCAUCACCAACCAUCACAGGCGUAUCACGGUUGGUUUCAGCAAGACGAGGGGACACGAUUAAAGAGAGGACGGUCGUUCAAAAACAUUUGUUCUCAGAGAAAAAACAGACAUAUGCAUGAAAACUAUGGUGAAUUAUUUAUACUAUCAUUUACACAAGUCAAUAUAUCAGCAGUGUCGGUGUCUUUCAGUGAUUUGUUUUUAACACUGAAACUAUUUCAGCACCAAAGAUUGUGAAGAAGUUUCUGGAAAUUGCAUUUAACCGUAGAAAGCUUGUGCAAUUAUUUUGAAGGAAUAGUUUUUAGACAUUUUAGAAAAUACUCUUAAUUUUCUUUCUUUCUGAGAGUGGGAUGUAACGAUGGAUAUCAAUCUGUAUGUGAGCUGGAGUCAGGACGUGCUUAGCUUAGCAUGAAGCCUGGAGUCAGGACGUUGUUAGCUUGGCUUAGCAUAAUUCAUUAAAAUGGAUGAGUUGUUCGGUCUCUAAAAUGUCAGAAAAUGGUGAAACGUGUUUCCCAAA